GAGUCUUGUUGAUACCGUCUAUGCAUUGAAGGAUGAAGUCCAAGAAUUAAGACAGGAUAACAAGAAGAUGAAGAAAUCUCUGGAGGAAGAACAGCGAGCCCGCAAAGACUUGGAAAAGCUGGUUCCCUUGAGCCCUCACCCGUCCUUCAACUGCCACAAUGAGAUAUAUGCCAGAACUCAAAAAGUCCCACCCGCAAUUCCUGAGGAGUUUUGCAGUGUGCGACAUUCCUCUGGACCACAUAUGCAGCCACAACGUCAGCAGAGAUCAGUGCAAGGGACUCGGGCGCUGCUUUCACAGAGGUGUCUGCCAUGAAAAGUCAGUUUCCAUUUAUGUGCACGUGUUUUGUGCCUUGAUCCUGCUCAUUGCUGGGGCCUUUAUUAUCACCAUGAUUUACAGAGUUGUCCAAGAAAGGAAAGAAAAGGAAGCCACUAUGGAAUUGCCUUUGUCAUUCAAGUCUGGAGAUGAAGUCGCGGCAGCCGCUGCUGCCCGUAAGCUGGCAGUGUUGAAGGCUCGGACUGCCAGAGCACUGCCAUGUGCCGGAUGUGCCAGGAACACCGAUAAGACAACAGUGAUGGUAAUGAAUACUGAAGAAACUAAGGAUUGA